AUGCCAAUGAAAUGGACCCCUGAGAAGGACCAACUCCUUCUGCUGAAAAUCCUUGAAACCCACGAACUCAAAGUCAACACCAACAAGGUUGCUGAAGCAUGGCCCGAAGGAGACAAACCCACUGCCCGCGCUAUCACCGAGCGUCUCGUCCGUAUGCGUCAGAUGGUUAAGUCCACCAACUCCGACAAGAAAACUGAGGGACACUUCAGUAUCGGGUCCGGGGCUAGCAGCACUGCAUCUACCUCCCGCAAGCCCCGUACAGCCUCUUCUACUGUAUCUUCUGUCGGAUCUACUAAGCGCAAGCGAACCGAUACUGGCAAGAGCGCAUCGGCCUCGCCCCUCAAGGCAGAGAUAAACAGCGAUGGAGACAUUGAUGCCGAGUAUGAGCUGGAUGCUGAUUUUGUGCUGGGUCCUAAUUUUGUGGUGACUGAUACACCUAGAAAGAAGUUGUUUGAUGUUCCUCUAUUUUCUGCCCCGGCUACUCCUGGAACGGAUCAGGUACAGAAUCAAACUUUGCCUCUGGCCGGCAGUAGCUUGGGUUUAGUCAAGGGAGGUGAGGUAGUUGGUGAUGGUAGUCCUGUCAAGCGGCAGCCUGCAACCAGACCACGCCGGGCUACAGUUAAGCCUGGGAUGGUUAACUAUGCGGACCCGCUUGUUGAUGGUGAUGCUCUUUUUUGUGUGCGUGAAGAUUAUUUAGAGAGCUCUGCGUCUGAUUAUGCUCCUGAGGAUGCCGGCUUUGAGGAUGAUGACUUUGCAUAA